UAGAAAAAACGAAUGUCUGUAAAGCGUGGCUGGCUACGCGUUGGAGUUCUUCUUUAACUUAUUCAAAGCAAAACUAUGAGUAUUCCUCGCUUCAAGGUCAGACCAGAGAUUCGCCGAGCGCGUCACAUCUCAGAGUGCAGURYAAGCAGCGAUGUACCAUUACAAUUCACAAACUCGGCAUACACUGGAGAUGUGGACAACGUGAGYAGAUCGAGUACGGACAGCCAAGAAAUGACGGUUCCAACUUCACUGGAAAGCAGUCUACAGAGGGAUGGACUUUGUCAAAACACAUAUGAAAACAUUUCCAUAGCUGGGAACUUAGACUCCUUUGAAGAGAAAUGCGACACUACAAAAACAGCCAAGGGUGUAAGGAUGCCCUCGCAAUGCAGAACGGUGCUGWUCUUUAUGCUGGUUCUCAUGUCCGCUUUUUCACUAGUACUCUCUCUUAUGAUGUUUCUUGACACACAGAUGAACUCAAGGUGUAGCUGUUAUUCCAUGAAAGAAGGAGAGUUUUCCAGGCAAGCUGGAAAUGGUACGGGUGGAUCUAGCGGGAAUCCCGAGCUUAGCGAGAAGAUUUUGUAUAAAAUGUUGCUGGCCAACAUGACAAAAUUAGAAGACCAAUUACGUGACUUAAACAAAUUUAAAGACAAUAAUGACGAACAUUGCCAGAAGUUGGYAAAGAAGAAUGAAAUAUUAGAAAAUAGAAUUAAUGAGCUGGAAAAUACGACGUCUCAAGUCGAUGUCAGAAUGCAAAUUCUGGAGACAAGGUUGAACCAAUCAACUAAUGAAACAAACGACAUAUCAAAUGAUGUUGAUACAAAAAUGAACGCUAUUAAGACGAAGUUGAGCAACUCAACUGAAACUUUGAAAACGACUGCCUCAAACCUAAAGCAGGACAUGCAAACGAAGAUUAACGAUGUAAAAAAAUUCUUUUGGACGACACUGAACAGUUCAGUCGACAAAGUAAAGAAAGAAUUUGGUGAUUAUUAUAAACAAAUGAAUUAUACGAUGGGAAAAGCCAUUAAAGUCGUUAUGAUGAAUCUCAACGACACAGAACGAGAACUUGACGCAACAAACUCCACACUGCACUACGAAAUGCAAACACUACGAUCAGAUGUUUUGAACAAGAUUCWAAAUAUUAGUAAGAUGGAAGGGCCUCGAGGCCCUCAAGGACCACAGGGACCCCCUGGCGUGCAGGGACAACAAGGGUUACGAGGGCCCCCUGGGUUUAAUGGAACCAGUACAAAUUCUCCUGGAAUGGCAAGUAGAGCAGCAAACUUCAGCUUGUGUCAGUACAAAAGCAAAAAAUCUGAUUUCUCUACCGGAGGAUUGGGAUUAUCAGGAAAAACCGAUGCUUCCAAAGUAGAAUCAAUGGACCAGAGAAUAGUCGGCGCCGUGUGUUCUGGCAACGAUCUGACUAAAGAAUACCAUUUCAAAAGAUCUGUAGUAUCUGGAAAAAACAAAUAUAUAUGCUCCUGUAUAGGUGUAUCUGACAAAACUGGUACUAUGAGUUGCAUUCUUAACUACUGGGAAUGUCCUAUUGUGACGUAAUACCGGAAUUUUAGUGAUGACCUCGUCGCCACCGCUUCAAUGGCUUUUCUGAAAUAGCAGUUUGCAUUGCAUUGUGGUCUAGAUUCAGUACAAACAUCUUUUGUUCAUGCUGCCAAAUAUGGUGUUGUUUGUACUGAAGCUAUACCACAAUGCACUAUGAUUUCGUAUCUCAGAAAAGUUCUAUGACUAAGUUGUUUUCAUUACAACCCGUGAAACGUUUAGAUUUCUACACUUUAUUCCUAUUUAUUUUUAUUUUAUUGUUUUUAUUUGUCCUUUAACUUAAUCGCAUUUUGACUAUUUUGCACGUUGUUUCACGUUUCAAUGAAAAACUACUUUAUUAAAUAACACUUUAAAAUAAAUAUCUGGACAUAAGGGCUGUCAACUCUCGGAUCCUCAAGAUUUUGGUCAGUAUUUCACGAUCUCAAGACGUAAAAUGUCACAGCUUUUUAACAAAAUGGCAAAACUCCCCUGUUAUCCUUCACGAGUUUGUAAGGUAUCUUGUGAUUGGAGGUAUAAAACAAUGCUUAUUGUUUCCUCGUUCUUUAAACCUAUUGUUUUCUUAUAUUUAACAAAUAGCGAGUAAACCAAUCGGAUAAGAUCAGUGAAGGUCUA